AUGUCGCAAUCAGAGGCACAGAGUCCAGCCGCACCACCCAUUCUUUCAUCAAGUCGGAUAACCAAAGCACACGAAAUUGCCUUGCUCGAGCGCUUCCUUGUUCGAAAUGGAACGUUCGGCGCUGCGCUCCUCGUCCUAGCUGGCGCUCUUGCCAACCAUGUUCGAAGAAUACUUGUGCCUUGGCUGGGACAGUUUAUCUGGUGGCAUGCUAUCGAGAACAUGAAGUUUGCGACGUCUUCACCGCACUAUUUCCUCGAAGAGUCAUUAUCCUUCCCCUGGAGCGAAGUUCUACUCUGGGCAUGCUGGACAUGGAUGGGGCAUUUCGUCUCUAGGAGCAUUCGCGACUGGUACGGCUCCGAAGAGAAUCCCUCCUCCCAUCGGCGAGGUGCUCCCUUGAAACGGCGUCAGGUCCUUGAUGGGAAUCGCGAGUUUGCCUCUGGGAUACAUGCAGGCCUCCAAGUGGUAAUAGGUCUGACCCUUAUGGAGCGGCAUUACACGCAAACAUGCUUCUGCGCAGCAUUCGUCCUGGCCCUCUCACGGGUUGUUGUGUACGGUGGCGCGGUAGGGAGGGCGUUUUUGUGGGAUCGCGUCUCCGAGAGAUGGCUACAUGCUGCCUUUCAAUGCGGCUUGGUCCUCCACUGGGCAUAUGGCUGCUUGGUGCCUGCGGCUUGGAACGUCGUCAGGGCAGCGGUAGCUGGGAAGCCGACGCCGGCGGUGGUCCACGGGAUCGUAUGGGGCGUCACGGCGUACUUGGUGCGCUAUUCGAACAAGUACUUCCUUUUCUUGGAGUUGAGCGACAUGCUGGUUACGCUGGGGUGGAUGACGCUGGGGCUUGUUACGGUGAUGCUGUUGAAGAUGGACAUGAUGACGGGAUGGACACUCGCAAAGGAAGGGCAGAUGCGAAUUCAAUCGAGGGGAGCUGGGGCUGGGGCUGGGGCAUGUUCGAAACCCGGUGCGGCUGGUUCUCCAACCGACGGUCAAGGACGCCGAUUCCCAGGAGUCGUCGGGUUUGUCGACGUCCCGGCGGACAAACCGUGA